CUUGUCGGAUUGAAUCCUGGGUGUCUUUUGUGCUGCUGCGCGCUGCGGAAUUCGGCACCUACCGUCUGUCCGUCCAGCAGCAGCAGCAAGCAGCAGCAGCAGCAGGAAGAGAAGGAGCAACCGUCGCAAGAGCAACAGUCGCGAGAGCAGCAGGAUGA